UAGUCUUAUCGUUUAGCAUCUUUGUUACUUUACUAUUCAUCUUUUGCACAGUCUGCACAAAUGUCUUGUAAAUAAGUUGUUCCUGAAAGUGACGUACUCUACAACGUCAACUAUUUCUCAGACAUAACCACAUUCAUCUAUCUGCUGCACAAAGCUUAUUUUCUCCUCUUGUAACUUCUUCGAUGACCCCAAUAGACGGGAAGCUUCGAUAUCGUGCAGUAGAUAUAGAGAGUCAACAAGACCUCGAAGAUCUCACAGAGCUCAGACGACUUUGUGGUUGGUGUGCAGGCCUUGUGCCUAGCUGGUUUGACAGCAUACGCAAGGGUGAUCUACUGUACUACUUUUUCUAUGCUCCUGAAGAUACGAUGCUCAGUCGUCCCCUCGGUUCAGGCGGUCUUGACCUCAACUUGGGUACAGAUGGCACAGAUUGUUCUGAUAAAGCAACCGCGACUUCAUGCAUGGUCGGUCUCUUCAUCCGCAAGGAGUAUGCUGGCCGGGGCUGGGGAAAGCAGAUGGCCAACUUCUUCAUCAAGCUUGCAUUUGAAGACUAUGCACAGCAGACACUGACGUGCAUCAACGACACGGACAACGAAGUGACCAUGCGCAUGUUCUCACAGCUUGGAUUUGUGGAGUUUCGCAGGGAGCCAAAGCACCACUGGGAGUCUGCACCUGAACGCAAACGAGUCCCUAUUGGCAGUCAUCGCCGACUGACCGCCAAGGAAUACUUUGCGCGCAAGAAUCGUUGAGUACCCUCUGUUGUGCUGCUUUUGUCUCCGCAAGGAUAGCUCUGGCUCUUUACGGCUGCGUCCAAACUGCAAAGCACAAGACUGAGCGAUUGUGACUGUCUACUACGACAUGACAAUGACCCCACUUCGGCAUGCUCCGUGACUCGACGACGCGACAAUCAUGCAUCGCUCGGUCCGCUGUGCAAGACGAUUGUUACAACAAGCGACACGUCCAACAUGGCAAGCAUCCUUUACGACCAUCUCUCGAACAGAUGCAGCGCGUCUUUUGAAGAAAUCAGGAAUCGAUGUUUCAACCAAGUCUCGC